AUGAAACUUCAGACCGUCAUUGUUGCCCUCGCCGCUCUGCUGGUGCCCAUACAGUGUGCUGGAGUAGACUUUGGCAUGGGAUACGAGAGCUCUGGCUUCUUGACCGCCGACUUCACCACGAAGGCCUGCGCCCAGACUGGCGGCGCGAUCGUUUAUGGCAGGAAGGGCAACCAGAAGUGCUGCGAAUUCCCCGAUGCCCGCAAAGAUGUUUUUGACUACCGUUGCAAGGGACAAUCGGCGGAUGCCAAGUAUUACGUCUACCGCCCUGUUGCCAAGGCGUGCUAG